UCAUCUUUUCAAUAUUCAUUCAUGGAUCCCACCAACGUUUCCUUGCAACCCCCGACUUUUGGAAACCUGAUAACCGUGCUGAGUAUUGAUGGAGGAGGAAUUCGAGGGCUUAUCCCGGGAAUCCUCUUGAAUUUUCUAGAGUCUGAACUUCAGAAAUUGGACGGUGAUGAUGCAAGAAUUGCAGACUAUUUCGAUGUGAUUGCUGGAACAAGUACGGGUGGAUUGGUGACCGCCAUGUUAACUACACCAAAUGAAAACAACCGUCCCUUGUUUUCAGCUAAAGACAUCAAAGAAUUCUACCUCGAUCAUUGUCCUAAGAUCUUCCCCCAAAAACGGUCGAGAGUGAGAAAGAUGAUCAAAGCUCUAUCGGGUCCAAAAUACAAUGGGAAGUAUCUCCACAAGCUCCUCAAGGAAAAGCUAGGCGACACAAAAUUGCAGCAAACAUUAACCAACGUUGUUAUCCCCACGUUCGACAUCAAGCUCCUUCAACCGACCAUCUUCUCCAGCUACGAGCUCAAGAACAAACCUUGUUUGAAUGCGGCUGUCGCCGACAUAUGCAUUUCAACUUCAGCUGCACCUACUUAUCUUCCUGCUCAUCAUUUCAAAACUCGAGACAUCGCCAAUGGUAACGAUCGGGAAUUUAACCUCGUCGAUGGCGGUGUUGCUGCAAAUAAUCCGACAUUGUUGGCUAUGGGUGAGGUGACAAAGGAGGCAUUGAAAGGAAAUCCUGAUUUCUUUGCUAUAAAACCAACCGAUUACUCAAGAUUUGUGGUAAUAUCAUUGGGAACUGGCUGUCCAAAAGAUGAAAUGAAGUACACAGCAGAGAAAGCAGCCAAAUGGGGGCUGUUGCAAUGGCUGACUGCUAGCGGUUCAACGCCGAUCAUCGACGUGUUUUCUCAUGCAAGUUCUGAUAUGGUCGAUCUUCAUCUUUCCGUCGUGUUCAAAGCCCUUCGUUGUGAAAAUAACUAUCUUCGAAUUCAGGACGAUACGUUGAGCAACGUGGUAUCGUCAGUGGACAUAGCCACAAAGAAGAACUUGGAUGAUCUUGUUGGGGUUGGUGAAAAUUUGUUGAAGAAACCCGUGUCUAGAGUCAAUUUGGAAACCGGUGUCUUUGAAGCUACUGAUGCUGAAACUAAUGAACAAGCUCUUACAAGGUUUGCAAAAAUGUUGUCCCGAGAAAGGUGGCUACGCCAUGCGAGGUCGCCUCACGGGAAGGCUGCACCACCUGCAAACGUCGAAUAA